UCCAUAAAAUAAUUACUUCUCCUAACAUGUACUUUACUACUAUUACAAUCUACGCCACUUAAUAAAAAAUCCACCCACCCCCAGAUGAACAAGAAAACAAAAGUAACCAGACAAUACUGUACAGAGGAGCAAAUAGCCCUUUCUUUGUGUGUAGCAAAACCCUAAACUUUAUUUUUUUUCAGAUCUCUUCUGAUUCAUCAGUUAUUUGAGUUAUUUUCUUGAUCUGAGACAACCCCAUUUUCUUGAUUUUACUGUUUUAUGGUGCAAUGUUUAUGUUCUUUGCUUUAGUUUAUUGAACCCCAAGAAGGGAAAUGUCUGCUUCACUUGCUGCAUUUGAGCGUCCAAGAAUUGGUUCUUCUUCUGCGGUUUUCAAGAGUGGACCACUAUUCAUCUCUUCCAAAGGACUAGGUUGGAAGUCUUGGAAAAAGCGCUGGUUCAUCCUUACACGCACAUCUUUGGUCUUCUUCAAGCAUGAUCCGAGCACACUUCCUCAGCGAGGUGGUGAAGUGAAUCUAACUUUGGGGGGAAUCGACUUGAAUAAUUCAGGGAGUGUUGUUGUCAGAGAAGAUAAAAAGCUAUUGACUGUACUGUUUCCAGAUGGACGUGAUGGACGAGCUUUUACACUUAAGGCAGAGACAUCAGAGGAUUUGUAUGAGUGGAAGACUGCGCUCGAGCAUGCUCUUGCACAAGCGCCUAGUGCUGCUUUGGUGAUGGGACAGGAUGGCAUUUUCCGGAAUGACGCUAGUGAUUCCUUUGAAGGGUCUUUCCACCAAUGGAAGGAUAAACACCCUGUUAAAUCUUUUGUUGUUGGGAGACCAAUUCUGCUUGCCUUAGAAGAUAUAGAUGGAGGCCCUUCCUUUCUUGAGAAGGCACUGAAAUUUCUUGAGAAGUAUGGUACCAAGGUCGAAGGUAUAUUACGGCAGUCUGCAGAUGUCGAGGAAGUGGAGCGGAGGGUAAAAGAAUAUGAAGAAGGCAAAACUGAAUUUGGCCCCGGAGAGGAUGCUCAUGUAAUUGGUGACUGUGUUAAGCAUGUGCUUCGUGAGCUUCCCUCAUCUCCUGUUCCUGCUUCCUGCUGUACUGCUCUGUUGGAAGCUUAUAAAAUUGAUCGAAAGGAAGCCCGAGUUAAUGCUAUGCGCUCUGCCAUUCUCGAAACAUUUCCUGAUCCAAAUAGGCGCUUAUUACAGAGAAUUCUGAAGAUGAUGCAUACAAUUUCUUCACAUCAUUCUGAAAAUCGGAUGACACCAUCUGCUGUUGCUGCUUGUAUGGCACCAUUACUUUUAAGGCCUCUUUUAGCUGGCGAAUGUGAGUUGGAGGAUGAUUUUGACUUCAAUGGUGACAAUUCUGCUCAGCUUCUUGCUGCUGCUAAUGCGGCCAAUAAUGCCCAGGCUAUCAUUUCAACCCUUCUCGAGGAGUAUGAGAAUAUUUUCGAUGAUGAUAAUCUACAUAGAUGCUCUAUUUCAGCGGAUUCUCAAAUUGGACAUAGUGGGAGUGAAGAAUCAUCAGAUAAUGAAAAUAUGGAUAUGAAGGACAAUGGUUAUCAUGAUGCUGAAAAUGAGGUUGACCCAGAUACCGAUGAUGAUUGUGAUCGCAUAUUGAGUGGUAAAUUAAGCGAAAGCAGUGGUUCCGCUGCCAGUGAUCUUUAUGAUUAUAAGGGGGUUGGAGGGAAUGACUCAGAUAUUGGAUCUCCAAGAGAUGGUUGUUUAAAAUUGAAACCAAAAGUGGACCCUCAGCCACUUGCAGGCUCUAAUGUCCCAUUGCAUGAACAAUUGGAAAGACGUGGAAAUGAGAUCAACGCUUUUCGCGAAUUAGCUGUUACUGAGUCUCAGCGAUCCAUGGGUGAGAUACUCUCAUCUAUGGAUCCUGGGCCACCCCUGGGUGUCCCUGUACCUGAUUCUGGCAUAGAGAAACCGAGUGGCAAGCUAACACCUUCAAACCAGAAUGUCAAAAGGUCAACAUUUUGGGGGAGAAGCAAUGGUAGAAGUACUCCAUCAACAGAAUCAAUUGAUUCUUCUGGAGAGGAAGAGCUUGCUAUACAGAGACUUGAGAUAACAAAAAAUGACUUGCGCCAUAGGAUUGCGAAGGAGGCAAGAGGAAAUGCGAUUCUACAAGCAAGCCUGGAGAGACGAAAACAAGCUUUGCACGAGCGUCGCUUGGCCCUUGAACAAGAUGUGGCCAGACUACAAGAACAGUUACAAGCUGAGAGAGACUUGAGAGCUGCUCUAGAAGUUGGUUUGAGCAUGUCUUCUGGACAGUUGUCAGGUUCUCGUGCUAUGGAUUCCAAGACUAGGGCUGAGCUUGAAGAAAUAGCCCUUGCGGAAGCAGAUGUGGCUAGAUUAAAGCAGAAGGUUGCUGAGUUGCACAAUCAACUUAAUCAGCAACGGCAGAAUCAUUAUGGCUCGUUAGCUGAUGCUUGUGAUCGUUAUCAAAAUGGGCCAAACCAUAAUUCUCAGCUGAAAUAUUACCAGCAAGAUUUUGACACGACACUCGCUUUCUGUAAUCAUGAAAGAAGACAAAGAAAUGAGGAAUUGCUGGGAUCAGAUUUGAGGAAUAUGAAAGGACAAGUACUGACAUCCACCUCUGGUGUUAGGCAGCCUGCUCGGAAACAACUCCGAGAGACAAGCUUAAGUGAUUCUAAGAGUACUGAAGCAUCAACAGGUCUGUCUGUGGGUGAAUGCGAUGCUGUUGAUUCUUCCCCCCUGCAUCCCACUUCAAAGGCCACUGAGGUUAUGGAUUAUACACGACACCCUUCGGCUGCAUCUUCCACUUUGGUUGAACUAACAACACGUCUCGACUUCUUCAAGGAAAGACGCUCUCAGCUGAUGGAACAACUCCAUAACCUUGACCUAAACUAUGGAUCAACAUCUCAUCAACCUAUGUACAAACCUUCAUCUCCUCCAUGGAACUAAUUGCAAAACGGAAGCUGCAACACUCCCCAUCAUCUGUAUAUCCUUUGUGUAUUAUAGCGUAUAGGUUUCUCACGUACUGUAUACUUCGAGGUAUCGUUAUUGUACUCAUCUCUGCCCUUCCUGUUUUGGUUGUAUUGUUGUUGUCUCUGUCUUGUUAGUGAUCUCAUUAAUUCUGAAAUUCAUACUGUAACAUAAUAAAAUGUAUAUUAUUGUGUUGUCUAAUAGACAAAGCACCUUUGCUGUGUGCAGUUGGAAACUUUUCAUGUA